GCUAUAGGUGAUGAAUUCAAACACUUUCCUCUUUUUCUGCCUUAGGAGAAUUCUGGCCAUACCUUGGAGAUGGCCUUAGUAAUAUAAUACCAGAGAAGUAGUAUGAGAAUACAAGGAAGAAAGAGCGGAUCUUGAAGGUGAAACGGGCUUUUCCAGUUUCCCCUUGGCGCACGCACGGCACAAACCUCGGCCUUCGUUCCACUGGAAAGCUACUACACAUAAUGCUGGUUGAAACUGCCAUCAGCUCUCUUAUGGAGAAUUUGAAGCAGUUGUUAAAUAGCAAGGUGGAUUUUUUUCUUACUAAAAAGAGGAGUUAUCUAAUUGAAUCUAUUUACAAGGAUCUUGGAUUAUUGAAAGCUUUCUUUGAGGAUCAAGACCAGGAGUUUCACAAGAACGAAACAGUGAAGAAUUUGAAGAGACGAAUUAGAGAUGUGAUGUAUGAGGCAGAAAACACCAUUGACUUGUACGUAUAUAAUGCUAUCUUGGGGAAGGAGAAAUCUAAAGAAGAGGAGGAGAAGAAGAAGAAGACGAAUGAGAAGAGGAAGAACAACAAGAAGAAGAAGAAGAAGAAAAAGGAGAAGGAGAAGAAGAAGAAGAAAAACCAAAAGAAGAAGAUGGAGGAGGACGAGGAGGAGGAUGUCUCAUUAAAUGUUGAAUGUGUCAAGCAAAAGAUUAAUACCAUCAAGAGGGAGGUUAUGGAAAUUCAUGAGAAACAGAUAUGUACGAUGAGAGGCCUGGAAGUUGGAAAUUCAUCAAAAGAUAGUAUACCUAAGUGGGAGAAGGAAACAAUGGUAAGACUUGUGGACGAGACAAGGAUCAUACUAGAGCAACUUUUUGGAGAAAGAAAGCAGCUAGAGGUUAUUUCAAUUGUUGGGAUGGCUGGAAUAGGCAAGACCACUCUGGCUAGAAGAGUUUACAGCGAUCCUCUUGUUGAAUAUCGCUUCCGUAUUCGUGGAUGGGCAUAUGUUUCUCAAGAGUUCAACAGGAAAGAUUUUUUGCUUCGACUCUUAAGUUCACUUGGUCAAGAUGCCGAAGGGAUUCAGCAAAUGACUGAAAACGACUUGGCGGGAAGGCUGUACAAAGGCUUAAAGGGAAAGGUAUAUUUCAUUGUGAUGGAUGAUAUAUGGGACAGCAAGGCCUGGAUUGAUUUGAUGAAUUGUUUUCCAAAUGACAACAAUGGAAGUAGAAUUUUGUUCACAAGUCGACUGGCAGAUGUGGCUUUGCAUGCCAAUCCUAGCAGACUACCUCUUUUUCUACGGUUUCUAACUCAUGUUGAGAGUUGGGAAUUGCUACAAAUCAAGGUAUUUGGAAUAGAAGAAACUUGUCCUUCAGAGCUCAUGGAGAUAGGGAAACAAAUAUCACAAAAGUGCCAGGGACUACCAUUGGCAAUUGUUCUAGUGGCUGGAAUUCUCGCAAGGAAAGAGAAGAGGGUAAACUGUUGGAAUCAAGUUCGGGAAACCAUGAAUUCAUGGAUAGGUAGGGAUCCACGACUAUGGAUGAAAACACUAGCACUAAGUUACUACCACUUGCCUCAUCAUUUGAGGCCUUGCUUUCUGUACUUAGGAGCAUUCAGAGAGGACUUUGAAAUUCGUGUUUCCAGGUUGAUUAGGUUGUGGGUUGCUGAGGGAUUUAUUCAUGAGAUGGAGGAAAAAAGCUUGGAGGAUGUUGCCGAGGAGUACUUGAUGGAUUUAAUUAGAAGAAGCCUUGUACUAGUUUUGAGAAGAGGGUUUAAUGGUGCAAUCAAAGCCUGUGGUAUUCAUGAUUUGGUCCAUGAUUUUUGCCGAAGAAAAGCAAAGGAAGAUUGUUUCCUGGUGAAUGUUUCUAAUCCACAUGUUGACUAUUUGCCUUUUACGCCCAAGCAUCAGUUUUUGGGUGCACGUCGCCUGAGCAUUGAUAUUUCAAAUUCUGAAAGUAUCUUCUUAAUCCCUCCAUCACUUAAUGUCCGCUCAUUUCUGUGUACUUGGUCUAGGAUUCGCAAUGAUAUAGCACCUAUUGAAUUCAUCUCUAAAAGCUUCAAACUUGUUAAGGUUUUAGAGAUGAGCUCAAUUAAGUUUAAUAAGUACCCCAAUGUGGUAGAACAACUACUUCUCUUGAAGUACUUGAGCUUUUCUUUGCUCGUGUAUUCUAGAAAGGAAAACAUCCCAAAUUCAAUAUGUGACCUCCAUUAUUUGGAAACUCUUACCAUUUACAUCACAACCUAUUGGUCAUCUGAUGGACCUUGGGUAGUUGGUUUGUCUAGAUUCACAAGAAAGAUGGAAAGCUUAAGGCAUCUCCGUCUUAUUGGACCAAUGAUUUGCAAAAUUGAACAACCAGUUUCCCCAGUUCAUUUCUUAUUGGAAAACUUACAAACUCUGUCAAUGGUAGAUCCAUGGUCUUGGAAAGAUCUAUUGACAGGAGCUCCUCAUCUUAGGAAGCUUGGGUUUAGGGGGGACAUGUUACAGAAUGAAUGUUUGACAAUUCCUGAUCUAGCCUUUCUAAAGCACCUACAGGAAUUGAAGUUGUCUAACACUCAAUUUUCUUGGUUGUCACAUAAGCUGGGAUGCUUUCAAUUCCCCCCCAAUCUUAAGAAGCUUACUCUGGAGGAAACCUACUUGAAGUGGGAGGAAGUAUCGUGUCUGGCCGAGUUAGUGCCCAACCUCGAGUCUCUCAAAUUGUUAAGUGAGGCAUGCACCGAGGACCAGUGGGAAGUAAAUACAGUGUUUCAAAAACUCAAAUUCUUGAAACUCUCCUUUCUAGACAUUGAGGACUGGGUCGUUCGUGAUUAUCAGUUUCCCAGCCUGCAACAUUUAGCUUUGGAUGGAUGUUUUUCUCUCAACGGGCUCCCAUACGAAAUAGGGGAUAUAAUGACACUAGAGAUGAUUGAGGUAAACUGGUGCGAUCUUUGCGUUGAAAAUUCUGUUAAGCAAAUUGUGGAUGACCAAAAAAACAUGGGAAAGACAAUUUUGUGCAACCUAUUGGAUCCAUGAACUCCUUGUGGGGAGGCAGGGGGUGGGCAGCAAUUUUAAAAAAAAAUGGAUUUUAUACUCUAAAAAAAUAUUUUUUAAUUUCAAGCCAGUCCAAUCCCCCCUUGCUUCUUUUCUUUCUCAGAAUCCAGAUUCUGUUAAAAUCCCUCCACAAUGUCCGGCGUGUGUUUCUCUCCAACAGCUUUCCGAUUUCUCGACUGCUUUUUGAAAUUCCAACGAUGGUGUCAUACGUCCAGAUACUAUCGCGACGCCAGCAACCUUUUCGAUUUUCCUUCACGUGUUUCUCUCCAAUAUGUCUCAUGGACUUUUUGUAAAUUUUGUGGCUGAUUUUGCGGAGUGUCUGUCUCCAUGUCGGGUCGGGUCUGGUUGUGUAUAACCGAACUCCGUUCAUCUGCUCAAGGUUAGACGAAAAUCAGAGAGUCCAUUGUUCACCAGAGAGCUCUUUUGCCAGCUAAAAACUGAGAGCCCAGUUCAUUUUUCUAGUCUUCAUUCUGUCCAAAAGCAGAGAGCAAAAACCACUUCAAGUUCUGCCAUGGCCACCAACGCUAUUGAAGCUGAUGUUGCUCCCUCAAUCUCUUUUGCUAUCUCGGUUGUAGUUCUGGCCAUAAUUUCUGCAUCUGGUUCUCAAUACGAUGCCUGUAGAUUCUUUUGAAGAAAAUGUAUCCAAGAGUGUUUUUGCCCCUUACUUCAGCCAUGAACAAGGAUCUACUUCUUUUGCAACUAUAACACGAUUUUUGGUGUCAGAAAUGUCUCUAAGCUCCUAGCUCGAUUUUUGGUAAGUGAUCAUUAUGCGGUUGCCGUUACACUCUCAUAUGAAGCUCAAGUUAGGUUUCAAGAUCUCAUUUAUGGUUGUGCAUCCAAAAUUUUUGCCCUCCAACAACAGGUAUGAUGAAAUCCUAAAUUGUUAACCUCUUUGAGUUUUUAGAUUUAAUUUGUUAAUAUAUGAUUUUUAAGUUGAUAAUUUGCAAGUUUAUCUAGCAUUAUUAAAAGAGUUUGCAAACUCUUGUGCAAACCCUCAAAAUGUUCAAAAUUGGUUUCACUUAUAAACUAAUUCAAAUCCUAUUCCAGAAUUGGAUUCGAGAUUCGCCAAUAAUUUUGCACACAUCCCAGAAGAAAAUGUCGAUGAACUUGAAUUCGUCAUGUUUAGCAAAUAUCAUCAACACUAAGCAUUGUUUAUGAACUUAGAUUCGUCGUGCCAGAAAUGUCUCUUUUUUUGUGUUGUUGGAGUGUUUGUAUGAUUUAUUAAGUUGCAAUAAUGAGAAUUGGGUUAGAAGAAAUGAAUGGCUUUUUCAAAUUGCUGAAUUUUUUUUUUAUUUUUUUUCUUUUUUCUAUUGAUAAAGUUCAUAGUUGGAAAAAAAUUUUUGAAGCCCCAAGUAAAAAUUUCUAGUUCCGCCCCUGUUCUUGUGUUAUAUUUGUUCUCUUUUGGUUUCUUUCUGUUUGCUUUUUUGGCAUUUUGCUACUUAAUCCAUUUGAAAUGCUACACCCUUCACAAGCUGCCUCUGGGUGGCACUUUAUAAUAAAAUAUUCUAGGGGUUUGGUUUCGUUUCAUUUCAAUUCCAGAAACCCGGCCCUAAGUGUGAUGCAAUGACUUUCCAGUCUCAUCAACUAGUUCAAACCAUGACGCUGCGAAGUUAAGAUAUAGCCCCCACAAUAUCCAAUUAUGAUGUUAGGAUUUUAUCAUUUUGAAGACUUGAAAUUGUGAAUCCUAACAUGGAAUUUCUAUCAUGUAAUGACCUUUGAGUUUGUCUUGAAUUCUGAUUGUGAUAACCCAACUCAAAUCCAAGAGUCAAUGACUUUUAGAUUUAGGAUAUGUUGACACACAUUUUUGUAAUACCUCCAGCAUUCUGGGUCGGUACUCCCGCCACCCGUAUCCCUGUCGAUAUUCUCGAUAGCCGAGCUAUAGGCUCCUUCGGAACGGUACUUCCGUCCGAGAACUAAAUACUACUAGUAGCCAUGCAAUGCACAUAAAAUGCAAUGGCGUAGUGAGCAUCAACGUGAUACAAGGCGCCCAUACAUCCAGUCAUCAGGCCAUGCUCCGCCCAUAUAGUAAAUCACACGCGAUGUGUAU